GAAGUGCCUUGAUGCUGUAGUGUUGUUUCAUGUCUAAAAAAACCCUGAACUUUCUGAAUCUGCAGGUCAAUAUUUCUAUGAGGAGUUUUGAAGCGAAGGGUUAGAUGACACACGAAGACUGGACUCUCUUUACACGCCAGACAUCUAUGACACAAAAUGACAUUGUGCAAAGGGAUUGUGCUUCUUUUCCUGGGAUUGUUUUGUAAGGUUUCUGUGGCAGCAGAAAACUCGACUCAAGUUUACUUUUUUGAGCUUGAAAUAGAGUCAACAGCAUAUAACGAAACAUACCUCUCGACGUUGUCACCUUUAAAUUGUGCAAAUUGGACUGUCUCAGACAUCAUCGUUACAGCAAACUGUACAGUGGGUGAAAAUAGCUACAGCACACAAAAAAACUGUUCAUGCACGAAUGAACACAGAUGGAGUUCAGAUAUAUGUGAAACACACAAAUGCUGCAAAAAUGAGAACUGCACACUUAAUGUCAUAGAUGAUGCCGUGUGCCUGCCAAUUAAUACAGUGAUUAUCAAUGGGUCGACUACCUUUCCAAGUCUUAAUUAUGGUGAUUUAUAUGAUCAAAACAACAAACAAACAGAGAAGUACGACGAGAUAAUUAAGAAUAUAACCAAUGAGCUCAAAAGUAAUUUCAGCACACUGCCGUGGUUCGAUUCACUGGUUAUCACAGGAUUCAGAAAAGGCAGUCUGAUUGUGGAUUAUACGGUGCAAGUGCUUAGUUUCUUUAACAUUAAUCAACUUCAAAAUAUAACUGGCAACCUACAAUCAAAACUAAUAAUAAAAGGACUCGUGACUAUUAAUAUAGCUAAUCAACAACCUGUUGAUAUUGGUACAACUGCUACUGUUACCUGUACGAAACAAGAUGACCUGGGAGCUGUGACGUGGUCUUUGACAAAUGCUCAGAAUAAAACAACAGUAAUCACCAAUGGAACAGAAGCGAGCUUGAGCUCUAAUAACUUAAGUGACACUGUUACUCUGAGUAACAUUUCAGCAGUCUGGAAAGGACUGUUUACAUGCGAGUAUACAAAAUGGUCCAUAAAGCUUACGGCAAGUGAACCAUUGGACAUUGCACUUUUGCCAGACAUACAAGGCAGUAGCGACCCCCAAUUUCCUGAUUGUACAGAUCAAAACCAAAAUGUGCACGUUGUAAUUCAGUGUGCCAUUUUAAACAACUCAGAAAAUUACACUGUUUCAUGGAACAGCUCAGCUAAUCUCUAUGAUCUCACACAACAACAAACAGAGUACAAAGAAGACAAGAUCUAUUACAAAGCAGAAGCAACGAUUAAAUGUGGAGACGGAAAUGAAUCUCUAAGCACCACGUGUACCUUCAGAAACAUCAGAUCCCAGACAAAGAAGAACAGCUCAAUGACUGUGGACAUCCCUAUCAUUAAAAGUAACUCAUCAUUCUGUGUCAAACAAGAUGACUGGCCUAAGACUAAAGGUAACUACACGGCUGUUUUACCUUGUGAUAACGCUGCUGUUGGCAAUAGGAUCAAAAAAUGCAAUAAUACGAUAUGGCAGGAGGAAAUCAGUAAUUGUGUGGAUCCGAAUCUCAACAAACUUUAUAAUGACAUACUGAAAAUAGGUAAGGGACUGGGAUUUAUUAUAGAAAAUGCUGACAGUUUUUUCAAACGGUUACAAAUAUCAACAACUUUCGAAAGUAUUAAGGCCUUUGCAAAUAUUGAUGCAACUGUACAAAUUCUGGAAUCAAUGAAUAGCGUGUCUGAAGUGCAGUCACAUCAAUGGAACGACACCAUCGUGCCUGAUUUUGUAAGUGCUAUAAGCAAUAUUUUGAACGACACCAAAUACUGGAAACAAACAUCAAAUGAUAAUGCAACCAGUUUAUCUAUAAAAUAUCUCCAGAGUGUUGAGAAUAUGAUGAACAACUCAAAUCUGUCCCCCACUUCUUCCGUCAACCGUUCAAAUGUCGCGCUGAAGGUCUGUAACUCCAGUGAUUGCAACUUUUUCAAUGUCAGCGUCAAAACAGAGCAAAACGUUACAGUUGUUGUAGUUGCAUUUAGGAAACUUGCUACCAAUUUACCACAAACCCUAAACAAUAAGAGUGUUGAAUCAGAAGGCAUAAUCUUGUCAGUUACAGAGGUAAAUGGCACUGAUUCCACUUAUCUAAAGAUGAACUUCAGUGAUGGCCAAAUAAGAAAACACAACCACCAAAUGUUUUGCGUUUACUGGGAUGAAAAUCAAAAAGAGUGGUCAAGUGAUGGCUGCACGUGGGGUGGUGCAAACAACCCGACACUCUGUACCUGUACGCACAACUCUGCUUUCACCAUCAUGAUGUCCAAAACAGCAGAAAGUCUUCCGUAUAUGGAGGAACUGACCUACGUUGGCUUGGGAAUUUCAGUGGUUUCGCUCGUGCUCUGUAUACUGAUUGAGAUUAUGGUGUGGGAUACGGUCGUAAAAUCAAACAUCUCUAAUUUUCGCCAUAUAGCCUUGGUCAACAUCUCAGUUUGCCUGCUUUUUGCAUAUUGUGCAUUUUUAGCAUCAGCAAAACCAGAGCAAAUCCUUCCAAACUGGUGCAUGAUACUUACAGUGGUGAAGCAGUUUUGUUUCUUGGCCGCCUUUUUCUGGAUGUUGUGCUUGAGUUUUGUGCUCCUUCACCAGCUAAUAUUUGUUUUUGAGAAGCUACGGAAAAGGGUCUAUUUGGCGUUAUCGAUCACCGUUGGUUACGCCUGCCCAUUAUUGUGUGUGGCAGUGACCGUCAUUCAGUUUGGCAAUGGUAUGGAGGGCGAAUACUUUUCAAAAGACACUUGCUGGCUAGUAUAUCAAUCAACGUUGAAAGGUUCACUCUUUGCCUUUAUUUUGCCGGUUGGUACCGUUGUGGUUUUAAAUAUGUUUGCAUUGUUUGUGGUCAUCACAAAAAUUGCAACGCCUACUGUGUCCGAGGCAAAAGCUCGGGAUGAAAAGGAUGUCGCCAAAAGCAUAAUUAAGACGAUCGUUUUGCUGAGCCCUAUCCUUGGAAUAACAUGGAUUUUAGGAUUUUUCGUGUUCACACUUGACCUUACACAAAAGCCAUAUGCCCAGAUCGUGAAUUACGCAUUUACAAUACUGAAUUCCCUACAGGGAUUUUUUAUACUGUUUUCAAACUGCUUCGGAGAGAAAAAGGUUCGUGAAGCACUUUUAAAGCGUUUCAGGGCCAAGAAAUCAGUGAAUUUUACAAGCGAAAGCUCAACCAAAGUGACAUCACUAGUAAAGAAAUGAUCAUCUGGACAGAUGUUUCAGGUUUUAAAUGGACGCAGAUGACAACGCACAAGGAAAACAUUUAUGGAUGCAAUUCUUUCAUUUAUUCAUUCAAUUAAUAACUGAUUUAUAGUGUAAAACUGCUAUAAAACAGGAUUGGUGUGUGUGUAUAUCAUUUUAUUUAAAAUUAUUAUCUUAUUGUAUAGUCUGAUUUCUGAUGGGGGGCCAUUUUUUAUUUUGAAAAUAAAGUGUCAUUAUGACUUAUGUGGCAUUUCAGCUGAUUUUUCUUUUUACGACAGACUUGUAAAGUUUUCAAUUUUGUUGUUUUGUAGACCUUCCUCACAUAAUCUAAAAUUACAUUAAACAUUAUUUUCAAAUGCUAUUAUAAUGAGUGUGCAUGAGGUUUCAACACUUCAAAUUACAAAAAUCUGUAUCAUUCAUGUGUUAUAUCAAAUUAAUUCAAGUGAAAUUAAAAAAUCAACUAUAAAAUGGUUAGGAAAUGUGUAUAGACUUGUGUGUGUGUGUUUUGUAACUUUUUAAAUGUUGUAAUAAACAUAAUUAUCUGUCAACCAAAUGUUUUGUAUGUUCACGGUCAGAAUAAUGGUCCCUAGCUGUCACUGGGGCGAAACCCAUUCAUAAAUGCACCUAGAGAGUUCAUAUUAGUACAUUAGAGGUACUUAUUGGUAUA